AAAGUCAAGUUCAGGAAGCCUCCUUUCUCUUUGUGUGCACCGAGAGUACCCCCCCGAUCACGUAAGAUUCAAUGGCCGCUAACAGCAGGCGCUUCGGAGUAUGGCGCAUACGCGUGGUCACCUUUUUUCUGUGCGGUGUGUGGACUGGGGGAGUGGCUGUCAAUGUGGAAGGUUUGGAAGGUGCUGAAGUGUCCUUCCAGUGCGAUCACAACAAUGCAUCUUGGAAAAAGAAAUACUUUUGCAGGGAUCCGUGCGAGAAUGAGGACAUAUUGGCCAAAGUAAAACCUGGGGAAAGAGCCACACGGGGUAAACUACGUCUGGAGGACGCGGGGAAUGGAGUCUUCAGUGUGACCUUUAAGCAACUCCAGCUGUCAGACUCUGGGACUUACUGGUGUGCUGUGGAUAGGCCCGGGUUCGACACCUUCAUUGAAGUGAAGCUACAAGUCAAAGCUGUUGAAGUCCAUACAACGACAUCUGUACCCAUCAGGUCUACCACAUAUUGGACCACCACUUACACCUCUACGCAAACAACACCUGAAAUGGACCUGGGUGCAAACUGGCCUACAGCUGUUGAAGUCCAUACAACGACAUCUGUACCCAUCAGGUCUACCACAUAUUGGACCACCACUUACACCUCUACGCAAACAACACCUGAAAUGGACCUGGGUGCAAACUGGCCUACAGCUGCUGUUUGGUAUGGUAUUUCUGGGGCUGGUGCUGUGCUUUUUACAUUGGUGCUUGCUGGGACCUUCAGGAAGUGCAGAUCAAAAGUGGGACGACAAGCCAUUAUCUUCAACAGUGCAGACAAUAUGGUCGAUGACGAGGAAAACGUUUACGUCAACUCUGGAGAAGAACUACGAUCCAUCAAGAGAAAUCCAGCACAGUUCUCUGAUGGUCACCAAUCAAACAAGGACCCAACAACUAAUCCCAUCUAUGAAAAUAUUAUCAACACCAAAUAUUCUCAUGGUUCCACCGGCUUAGCUUCAAAAGUCCAUCAUUUAUAAAUCUAGAUGUUGUCGCAUGAUUGUACACACAUUAUAAUGUGUGUACAAUUUGAGUUAACAUGUACUUUGUAAAAAUAGAAUAAUAUAAACGUCGCCAGUCAUGCAAAUAAAACCCAAAGAGCUCGCCUCUUCUUUGUUUUUGUCAAAGCAGAAUCUUUCAUAGUGACAAAGGUUGGAGAGCUGCACACCGAGUGUAAAAGUUGAAGUUAAGCAGGGAAGAGUUCUAAUUAAGAAAACCUGUAAAUGUUUUUAUUUUGCACAACAUUUUUAUUAUAUUGAAUGAAGUACUUGCCAUGUAUGUGUAUUGCUCAAAAAUCCUGCACAUCUAAUUGAAUUCUGGUUGGAGUCAAAUAUUGUAGCAUAAAAAUCAGUAAGGUCAAAAACAACACGUUUACGCACGUGAUUAAGCUAUAGAUUAUUAUAUUAAUGAUGUAUAUACGUCUAUUAGUCACAUAAUUUUGCUUACCUUAACCAUAGACGGUUAC